UUCUAGCUCUGCAGCGCCAGAUACUCACAGCCAGGCGGCGUCCCGCCCUCCGGAGGGGUGUGACUAGGAGCUAGGAGGAGAGCUUUCUCAACCUUGCUACCUCUGUGUCCCAGCAGCGCCAGGAGCGGCCCCGGGCUUCUUCACAUCUGGCGCGGCUGGACGCAGCAGGGGCCAUGAAUGAGUCCUAUCGCUGCCACGCUUUCACAUGGGUGGAAAUGGGCUCCUCGCCGACGAUGGGCGGUGUGCUCUUCGGCGCCGGGCUGCUGGGCAACCUGCUGGCGCUCGUGCUGCUGGCACGCUCCGGGCUGGGGUCCGGCCGGCAGAGACCACUGCGCCCGCCCUCGGUCUUCUACGUGCUCGUGUGUGGCUUGACUGUCACCGACUUGCUGGGCAAGUGCCUGAUCAGCCCCGUGGUCCUGGCUUCCUACGCGCAAAACCGGAGCCUACAGGAACUGCUGCCGUUCCGGGGCAAUCAGUUAUGUCAAGGCUUCGCCUUCAUCAUGUCCUUCUUUGGGCUAGCCUCGACGUUACAGCUGCUGGCUAUGGCUCUGGAGUGCUGGCUGUCUCUGGGACACCCGUUCUUCUACCAAAGGCACAUCACCCUGCGCCGGGGAGCGCUGGUGGCGCCGGUCGUGGGCGCCUUCUGCUUGGCUCUCUGCUCGCUCCCCUUCGCUGGCUUUGGGAAGUUUGUGCAGUACUGUCCUGGCACCUGGUGCUUCAUCCAGAUGGUCCACAAGAAGCGCUCGCUUUCGGUAGUUGGCUUCUCUGUGCUCUACGCCAGCCUCAUGGCGCUGCUGGUCCUCGCGACCGUGCUGUGCAACCUAGGUGCCAUGCACAACCUCUAUGCCAUGCACCGGCGCCUGUGGCACUACCCUCGCUGCUGCCCCAGGGACCGCGCCCAGCCGGCCUCCGGUUAUAGGCACGGGUCCCUGCAUCCCCUGGAGGAGCUGGACCACCUCGUGCUGCUGGCUCUCAUGACCGUGCUCUUCACCAUGUGUUCCCUGCCUUUAAUUUAUCGUGCUUACUAUGGAGCCUUUCAACUUGUCAGCACAGCUGAAGGAGAUUCAGAAGACCUCCAAGCCUUGCGUUUUCUGUCUGUGAUUUCAAUCGUAGACCCCUGGAUUUUCAUCAUUUUCAGGACUUCAGUAUUCCGGAUGUUAUUCCACAAGAUUUUCAUAAGACCUCUGAUCUACAGAAACUGGCACAGCCAUUCCUGCCAAACUAACAGGGAAUCCACUUUAUGAGGGCUUUGCAUGCUCUGGUAAGCUGAAAAGAUUCCACAUAGUCAGACAAAGAACCAUGAUUGGAAAAACCUUACAAUUUAAAUCCCUAAAAAUGAUCUCCUGUGGGGAGCUGGAGAGAUGGCUUAAGAGCAUGAACUUCUCUUCCAGAGAAAUUUGAGUCCCAGCACCCACAUUAGGGGGCUCACAGCCAUCUGCAACUCUGGCUUUAGGGGAUCUGGAACCUCUGGCUUCCAUGGGCACCUACACUCAUGUGCACACACACACACACACUUAAUAAUAAGAAAAAUAUAUUCGAACUAUCUCCCAUAAUUAGAACAUUUAUUUUCAAAGGUAUGUGAUUUAACAAUGUGUUGUUUCUCUAUAUCGGUAAGCCAUUUUGCUCCAUUUAAAAAGUUUGUGCUAUUAACAGAAACUAAAAUGUGUAUAUUGUAAACAGUGUUAACAAUGUUAUAACAAUGACUAUAAUUGUCCCAACAUUUGUACCUGGUGGCCCUAAAUUUUUAGAUCAGUCUGAAGACCUAUGGGUUUUUAUUUAAAUAUGGUAGCAACAUCACUGUUUGUUUAUAAUUAUGUGGUGGACAUUAUUGAACAAUGUUAGCAAUGGCUCAUACUAUUUUUUUCCAGUAAAACCUAAUUUAUUUUGUAUCAUAAUUGCUGCCUUUUUUGUUUGUUUUUCAAAUGGCCUAAGAAUAAUCUGAAUUAUAGACACUAUUUAGAGGAGUGAGUUGGGAAACCAGAUCAGGUCAGGCAUUUGGGGAGACAAUUUCAAGGUGCUCACUCCCUCAGGUGAAGAUGUGCAACUUCCGUGUAGUCUAAAUGAGGCAAGAUGCAACCACCACCAACAACUCAAAUGGAAAAGGGGAAACUGUUAUCUUUUGAAGUCUGGUCUCUUGUGAUGGAGGCAGGGAUGUCAGUGGGAAUGGAUGUUGAGCCUAAAAUUUUCAGUUCAUGAAACCUUCGUUUAUCACACUGAUGGAUUCUUUGUGGGAAAGGACUUAGGUUUCUUGGGAAAGCAUGGGUCUGUGACUUACCAGAGAGCUGUAUUAUUUACCAGUUUUAGCUGUGUGAACUCACAGGGAACUUACACAGUAACAGGCCCACCCAGGACUCAGCCUCUGUGGGUGAUGGCAGUGACCUUCACACCUGCCGAUUUCUGCUACUUUCUGCUCUUUUUAGAUACAAUGAGAUGUUACCAAGCCUGCCCCCCUCCCCCCGCACCCAGCAGUGCUUGCAGAACCAGAGCAAAGGUGAGUCAGAAAGACCUAGUGGAGUGCUUUAAUUACAGAAGGUAGAGUUCACAUGGGUCAACAACACUAUGGCCAAAAGAGAAAGUGGGGGAGGGGCACCCCUGCUGCAGGACCUGUGGUCCUAGCUGAAGCUCACAGCAAGAGCUUUCAGCAUUUGUAGUAAAGAGAUGGGGGACUGAGAGAGUUGUCCAGUCCCUGAGCUGGUCACUCAGACUCUGAGAUGGUCCCGAGGCCUCCAGCUGGCAGUCCCUUCCAAACGCAGGAGGAGCUCUCUGCUCUCCACCACGGCAGAAAACCCGUUUUCUCACCUUCGGCUUUUCUGAGCUCUCAGAGAUGGUAUUAAUUUAUGUAUUUGUAUAGCCAAACUGUAAAAAAAAAAAAAAAAAAAAAAAAAAAAGCCAAAUCAAGACUAUAGGAAGUAUAAAUUGAGAGUAUGGGGCUGAAGAGAUGGCUUAGCUGUUAAAGGCUAGGCUCACAACCAAAAAUAGAAAAGAGUAUGACGUGAUGAAAAAAAAAAUGCAGUUGGUUUUGGUUUAGCUUUUGUUUCCGUUUAAUGUGAACGAUGUACUUUUUUUCAUUUUGGUCUGAGGAAGUGCAUCUUUAUUGUGGCCUACUUUUAUAAGGUAUGCUAUGGUAAUUGUCCAGCUAAUUCAAUAAGGCUCCAGAUGAAUCAAUAAACUUAAUUUUAUAAUA